GAUUACUUCGCCGGCAAGUACUCUUAAACGCUAUUUGCUCGUUUAAUAGUAUUAAUGCAUAGCAUACUCUUUCACGUUUCGUUUUAAUAUAUUUCUAGACAGGAAAACUCUUUGUUAACAAGUUAAAGCAUCGGCUUACCACUCUCUGGGAGACGGAGAUCAAAUCCGAACCGGCAACUCCCCGGGAAUAUCCGGACGUGCCAAAUUUAGCCCUCGUCACCCACACUGCGGGCCUGGCCAACUACGAAUAAAAGACCCACUCGACGCCCAAGACAGUGCGACGGAGACGUAUCUACAAGAUCUGAUGGUGAAACUGGUAGAGGUUUGGGAAAUUUUUGAAGAUUUAAACGACAAAUGGAAGUUCCUUCUUCCCAUAACUUAUGUCCAUUUUAUGUACGAAUCCUGCUUCUUUUCUUACGGCGCAAUUUUUGUGAAGAUGGUAGUAACGAUGCGUGUCUUCAUCGUUGCGAUCGCAUUUAUAUUGGUAACUGGAACCUCGUAUUCGGCUUGGGCAUUAUCAGCAUUCACAUCAAUUAUUUACGAUGAUUUUAUCUCUUUGGGAAAAUUCUACACUUUGAAUUUGUCCCGAGAAUAUAAAUUGAAGAUUGUUGGUUUCAUGAAAAGAUUUGGAGGUAGACCCUUCGGAAUCUCCAUCGCGGGAUUUUUUUACGUGAAGAGAAAUUUUCUAAUUAGGAUGAUGAGUGGAUUUUACUCAGUUUUCUCUUCUCUGAUUCAAGUAACCGGAGUUCUUAGAAAAGAGAAGUGCGCUUCAAAAAUUGUUCAAAAUUUUUCAGUUAGGAACGGAACAUCUUAAACAUAAUGGCGGACCUCGCGCAGGCGCAAGAAGCACGCGCUAGGGGGGUUCCUAGCGCGGUAACUAGCCUUUUACGCGCCCGGUGCGAGCUUCUGUAACUUCGCCCCAAAACUAUGACACAAAACUUGGUUCAGGUCAUUUCUGCGCCCCCAGGGUCUGCGUCCUGUGCCUGGGCACCGCCCUAGUUACGGCACUGCUAAGGACUUCCGUAAGUAGCAACUUCGAAAACGUUAAGAAAAUCCGGAAAACUCUUCGUGGCCAGCCCGUUGUAGAGGCGCUAACUCACGACCAAGCUAAUUUAUGCACAGAUCAGAAGUCAACAAUAAUAUUCCGAUCAGCUGCCGAUUUUGUAAGAAGGGCCUAGUGCGCAGCUUUAUCCAGGGGCCUAUAAUGGUGUUAAGACGGCCCCGAACUUUCUAUAAACAAAGUUAUUUUUUAGUUGUAACUAUAGUGAUCCUUAGACAAUUUUUAAACUAACAAGUCAUAAAUUUUAUAGUGUAAUGAAAUGUAGAAACACUCAAGUAAUGACUAAUCGCUACUUUUGUCUAGAAAAAAUAUAAAAACAGUAGUCUCUGCAUCUAGUAAAUUACGCAAAUGUAAAUCAAUUGAAUUGUUUAAUGUAUCGAGUGAUGAAAUAUUUUAUUUUUGAAAUAAUUUCAAAUUUCGCAGAUAACCUAGUCUAAUUGUUUACGUCACAAAUACUUUCUAAUAAUAAUCUUCAAAGUAUUUGUACAAUAUUCAAUGAAAUGUUUUUAUGAUUGAAAACCCCGGAAGUUUUUCGGGUGCUCUGCAGGCACUAAGAAUGUCUUUUUGCAUUCCAUCACAGAAUCUGCCAGGCCCGUAACGAGGGCAACCUAGCGAUAAGGGACUCGAAGUAUUCGAGAUAGACCCGCAACAGCCGUAUCAUAAAGCAAGGCCAUAAAAAUUUUUAUGGCACGAGUGUCGAAAACACCGUUUACUUAUGGAAAUGUUAUAGGUGUAGUCAACCACAAAAUAAAUUAUACUAUUUUAAACAUCGACGUGUAAUUUAUAAAUUAUUAAUUAAAAUUCGAACACCUCGAAACAAGAGAUAACAAAGUUACUCACU